ACUCAAAAAUAAAGUCACUAGUUCCUGUUUAAUCAAUGACUUCCGUUUAAUACUAAAAUGAAGAAAAUGAUUAUAUUCGACAGUUUAUUAAGUUUACUUUUGUUUGGUAUUGUUAAUUUAGUCUUUGUGAUAUCGCCAGCAUUAUGUAGUGAUGAUAUAAUCGAGUCAGAGAGCAGUGAUCGCUUCAAGAUAGAGGGAAAAGUGACGAUGACUGAUGGUCGAAAAUCGGAGUGGAUUGGUGUAGCUCGUGUUCUGGUCGACGGUGGAGACUAUGUGGGAUACUUAAGAAGUGAUGGUAGCUUUGUGGUCAAUGACUUGCCAUCCGGAUCUUAUGUUGUGGAGGUCUCACAUCCAGAUUACAUUUUUGAGUCUGCUAGAGUUGACAUUACAUCCAAAGGAAAGAUGAGAGCAAGGAGGGUUAACUACUUACAGCCUUCCUUAGUUAAAACAUUAAGCUACCCAUUGGAUUUCAAAGAUCGACAAAAGGCGAAAUAUUUUCAGACAAGAGAACAAUGGAAGGUGACAGACUUUUUAAUGAAUCCCAUGGUCCUAACAAUGGUUUUACCAUUGCUACUUAUUAUGGUUCUACCAAAGUUAAUGAAUGCUGCAGAUCCAGAGGCACAGAAGGAGAUGCAGUCCCAGAUGAAGGCAUUUAAUGAUAAAUCUACAGUUCCAGACAUUUCAGAAAUGCUGGCAAGCUGGUUUCCAAGUUCAGAUAACAAGAAAACCAAACAUAACAAACCUAAGAAGAAGUAGCAUCUCACGAAUCAUGUCUGGAUGUUAGAGUGGCAUGUGAUGAGCGUGUAGGAGUGAGUAGUUUUAACUGUGUGCAGUAGAAUGCAGUAGAAUGUGUCUGCAUUGUUUCCAUGGAAAUUUGAUUUUAUUUUGUAAAUUAAAAACAUAAAACUUGGAUGUAGAUUUAAUGUGUACAUUUUGUGUAAAGGUUUGUUUUUUUUUCAUGGUUUUAUGAUAAUUUCUCCAAGUUGUCCCAAAUAUUUUAAUAUUUGAGGGAGAUGAAAGGUAGAUCCAAGAUUAUGCUUUUGCAGGUUCUGUAGUUUACAUUUCAUAUUAAAGUUGUCCAUUCCUGUCUUGUGAAAUAAUAUGUAUACGGUGUGACCGUUGGACCGAGUGAAGAAUGUAAUUGUCAUUGGAGAGUCGCAAGUGGUAAUCAUAAUUCCGUUAAGUACGGUAGAUUAUGAUUCAUUUAAAAAUAUAUAUUUUGAUUGAAAUUUUCCUUGCACUAAACACCCAGUAACAUCUCAGUAUUAAAGGGCUUUAUAUGGGGACAACAGUUUUACGGGAUCUGCCUAUUCAUUGAACGCGGGAAAUAAAACGCAAGGCGACGUAAACAGUGCAUCGUGACGUCACAUUUAGCCUCGACUUUUUUCUCGUUUUCAAAGCAAACAAUUAUAAACAACAAUAAUACAAUGUGCAUGCAAUGAAAAAGGCCGUUAAAACUAAAUAAAAUUAACCAAUGAAUUCAAAAUUGUAAAAAAGUAACCGUAAUUUUAUCGUAUAUUCUUAUUCAAAGAAACUCAUGAACUCGUUCAUCUAUUUAGUCGUAUUACGGUUUUAUAUGUAUUUAUUUCCUAAAACCUGUUACAAUGAUAAUUAUACUAUUCACUUUGAACAAACUGAGUGUUUAAAUUACGAAUUGCACGUCAGAGUUUUCUAUUAUUGGCAUUCAAAAUAAAACACGAAUAACUGUUGAAACAGGUAAUGAAAAAAUAAAUGGCGGCGCCCAUAUGGAUCACGAAAAUUUCAGUGAACGUAUAUAGAGAUUAUCUCUUUUUCUUUUGCUGAUUUUGACUUUUUUCUUUUACAUACGUGUUACCUUUAGAGCCUUGAAGGCCCGUCCGAGCUUCGCUCGGUAUAAGGUAUCAAUACAAUUUUCUUUAUUUUGAUUCAUGGAUUACAUUUCAUUUUAAAAAUGUUAUGUUCAGCUAUGUAGUAUAUAGUAUAGAAAAUAUCUUUAUGUUUAUAUUGUCAUAUUCUUAAAAUGAUAAGAGAAUUUAAAACUUGAGAUGAAUUGUGAAGGAAAAAAUCAUGUUAAACAUCAAAAAACAUUUACUUCAAUAUUAGCUUUUUUUCUUAAGAAUGGAGAUGGUUUUUGUUUAGCUUUUUUUUGGGGGGGGGGGGGGCUCAUACAUUUUUGAAUUAUUAGGAACUGUUAUAAUUUUUUAUACUUUUACAGAUAUCACAUUUCAUGGAAUUAAAAAGUUCAAAUUUUAGAAUCCAUGCAACAGAAUUUGUUGUUGAAGUAUGAAGAUUUGCUCUCAAAUAUCAAAUAAGCAAGAUCGGUCAGAUUUGGUUUUUAAAAACUCAUAAAACUAAACAGAAUGAAAGAAAUGCAAAUGAUUGAAAGAGUGAAAUAUUGGAGAUAUAGAAGACUUGUACAAAUAAACAAAAAUCACACGAAGUUGCAACUGUUUGCUAAUAUGGUAACAUUUUAAAAAUAAACAGAGUAGAAUUUCCUUAAUCCAAUAAUACUUUGAUCAAU